UAAGGUCAUGCAAAAAAAUUACUAGUAGUUUUAGAAUGAAAGAUUAUGAAUUGAAAUAUGAUUAAGAGGUUCUUAGGUGGAGGGUGGCUAUAUAGGAAUAGCAUUAGCAGCUGCGAACUUCUCCUCCUAUCACGAAUAUACAUACAAACAAUAUUAUAUAUAUUUGUUGUGUUCCCCUUUUAGAGUAGGCAUCUUUUUUUGUGCAACUGACAAUACACUCAGAAAUGGUGGACGGGGAUCAGCCGGCCGACGACGAGAUGUCGGAGGCGGAGCCGCAGCAGCACCCGGCGCCGCCCACGCCCACAGAUCAAAUACCCGCCACGCUCAGCCACGGCGGCCGCUUCAUCCAGUACAACAUCUUCGGCAACGUAUUCGAGGUCACCUCUAGAUACAAACCCCCAAUCAUGCCAAUCGGAAAAGGCGCAUACGGCAUCGUUUGCUCGGCUGUGAAUUCGGAGACGAGUGAGCAUGUGGCGAUAAAGAAGAUAGCAAAUGCUUUUGAUAAUAAAAUCGAUGCCAAGAGGACUCUGCGUGAAAUCAAGCUUUUGCGUCACAUGGAUCAUGAAAAUAUUAUUUCAAUCAGAGAUGUAAUUCCACCGCCGCAAAGGGAAGCUUUUAAUGAUGUUUACAUUGCAUAUGAGCUUAUGGAUACUGAUCUCCAUCAAAUUAUCCGGUCUAAUCAACCCUUGUCAGAGGAGCACUGUCAGUAUUUUUUGUAUCAAAUCCUCCGUGGGUUAAAGUACAUACAUUCAGCAAAUGUUCUGCACAGGGAUUUAAAGCCAAGCAAUCUUCUUCUGAAUGCAAAUUGUGACCUAAAGAUAUGUGAUUUUGGAUUGGCACGAGUCACUUCUGAAACUGAUUUUAUGACUGAAUAUGUCGUCACAAGGUGGUAUCGGCCACCAGAACUUCUGUUAAAUUCAUCUGAUUACACUGCAGCUAUCGAUAUAUGGUCAGUAGGAUGCAUUUUUAUGGAAUUGAUGGACCGGAAGCCAUUGUUUCCAGGUAGAGAUCAUGUGCACCAGUUACGCCUGCUCAUAGAGCUGAUUGGUACCCCAUCAGAGGCGGAGUUAGGUCUUCUGAAUGAAAACGCAAAACGCUACAUCCGGCAACUCCCUCCUUACCGUCGACAGUCAUUCACCGAAAAAUUCCCUCAGGUGCACCCUCUUGCUGUUGAUCUUGUCGAGAAGAUGCUGACAUUCGAUCCUAGGCAACGGAUCACAGUGGAAGGCGCAUUGGCCCAUCCGUACCUGAACUCGCUGCACGACAUCAGCGAUGAGCCCACCUGCUCGACCCCUUUCAGCUUUGACUUCGAGCAGCACGCGCUCACAGAGGAUCAGAUGAGGGAGCUGAUCUACCAGGAGGCGCUGGCGUUCAAUCCGGAUUACCGGCGCACAUGAAGAAGAAUUUCUUCUCUCUUUAACUAAUGAUUGUUGUAUUCCUUUUUUUUGCUUAGUCUCUCGUGGUGUACAUACUCGUCCCAUCUCCAAACAUGGAUGCCUUCCAAUUUUAGAAAAUGUUUAACGAUGCCAUAAAACUACCAUUUGAUGUACUGCUUCAGACAUGAAUAAACUGAUUGUCGUUUGCUUCUUAUCUA